AUGGCUACCAGCGACGAUAGUCCGCCACACGGAAAAACAAAAUUGAUCCAAAAAUGUACCGCAGCACAUUUUGGACCGCUCAAUACUUCCAGAGAGCUGCAGUCCCACAUCGACAACUUUCGUGGUGGCACCUACCGAGUCACAACACCCGUAGAUGAUGCACUUGUGCUUUAUCGUCUGUAUGGAGGAGGAGAGGCACAAGCAGUGGGCCAGUACUGGACAGUAGAGCCUCGAAAAGGAAAUCUUGGGUAUCAGUUAGACUAUGCCAUGCAUCCACAGUGGAAUUCGUUAUCAGAGAGCGUGAAGCUGCAUAUUCCACGGGGCAUUCUACUUUACGAAGGCUAUGCCGGUCCGCAAAAAAGUGGAAGUGGGUCUUUUGGAGGCGGUAAUUGGCAAGUAUUUAUCCCUCGUGAAGUUGUGGAGCCACUUUAUAAAGCACAGCAAGCAAUAGCUGAAGGCAAACAGCCAUCAGAAGUGAUGAAAUUUCUUCAAGAAGCAAUGAGGGCACAAGCAUCAAUUACGAGUCAAUACAAUGAACAGGAGACGAAACACUGCGAAGAAGACAUGAAAAGUUUCUGUACCCUACAAAAAGCCCAAGAGCUCCUAAAAACAGGAAAUGCUCUGCAGCACGUACCACACAACGUACGAUCUAUGCUGCAAUCUGAUUCUCCUUCCAGUGCAGCAGAUUUGGACCAAACAACCGGAAGUUAUGUGGUGCAUCGCCAGUUAAUUACUCUACGCAAUGGAAAAACAGCAACAGCAACCUUAAAUGUCCGGUUGGAAUUUAGCCAUCAGACCGUAACGACGAAUGGAAGGGUUACAACAAUAACUCGAUACUACAAUCGUAUUUUUGAGUGGGCGUAA